AAAACUCACCUGCACUGAAACGGCAACCACUCUUGGACUAUUAUAGUACUAGUACUUUGUGUACGGAUGUACAGUCGUCCUCUCUAGAGAGAGUUAACUUCCGGUAUUUUUUCUAUUCCUCCGAGUUGCAUCUGGUUUUUCAGAGCGCCAUUUCCAUCCAACACCAUCCAACACCUUCGCGGAUACCGUAGAAAGUUCGUGCAAAUAACUCGCACAAGGCCCGCAAAAACAACAAAGGGAAGUUGACCGUACACACUAAGACUUGAGCCGGCUAGCUAGCAGCUGGAAAAGGGUUUGUUCCAUUAUCUGCUCAGCCGAAUAUCAAGACCUAGCUAGUAGUACACCUUCGCAAAGCUAUCAUCUCAUCAUGAAGAGAGCUGCUCAAGAUGGUGGCGAUGACCGCCUCAAACAAAAGUCAAGACAUGGCGAGAGUGAUGUCUCCGCUCUAGCUGCCGUUCCAUCCGCAGCAGGAAUAGAGCCACCUGCGGUUGUUCACGCCGACGACGCCAAGGGAGAUGACGAUUCGGUGGAUGCAGGCGACAAGAAACCAAAGGCCGUCCCAGCAGCAGAGACUGAUCAGCAAACCAACAGGCGCAAACCCAAGAACUUUGCAGAGCGUCUGAUGGAAGGUCUCCAGAGUGGAGCGGCGCAAGACGCAGUUUGGUGGGUAGGAAAUGGCGAGGCUAUUGCGAUUAAUCCGCGUAACCUCAAGGAAGGAGACUUCCUAUCUACGCACUUCAAGGUGAAAGACUACAGUGUCUUUAUACGCAACUGCAAUCGCUGGGGCUUUAGGAGGACUAUGCAAUACCCAGUGGAACAGGGUGUGAUCACCUAUCAGUGCAGUCUCUUCCAGAGGAAUCAGCAAGAGCUCUGCCGUCACAUGCGCAUGGACAGCGACGUGCAGGACGUCUUUGUUCGUCAUCGACAAAGCGCGGGCGACGACGUCCCCUUUGACCCUAAGCGAAUUGGGAGGGCUAGUUAUGCCUCUCGAGGUGUCACAGCGCCUGCGGCAUCCGGUCGGUGGCCUCCUCGUCAAGACGAACAGGAUGGAUUGGUGAGGGUAGCUGCGAAAAAACAGACCGCGCAAUUACUUUCUCGUGAUCAUUUGGCGAGGGUAGCUGCGAAUCAUCAGACCGCUCCCGCGGUUCUGCCAAGCAGCAGCAACAACAGUCUGCUGCAAUCACUUUCUCGUGAUCAGAUGCUUCGGUUGCUGCAAAACCCCGAUUUGGCAAAACGCAUUUUGGACGCACAGUCCUCUGUUGCUGCGGCGGAUUCUCCAAGCGGAUCCGCUGCGACUCCUGCUGCCCAUGCUACGACGGAAGCUAGGCUUGCAGUAGCAGACUUGCUUGCCCAAGCGUCCGGAAGGGCAUCGGAGGAACAAGACACUCCGCAAGAAAAGUUGUUGAAUCAGAUCUUGGAUCUCGCCCAAGAGUAUUUGGAUCAUCCAACUCAGCCUCCUCCUCAUGAAAAUAGCGAGUCCAUUGGUAUGGUUAUGCGACUUUUGAAGAUUCAGGGCGACAAAUACAAGGAGGAGAAGAAAAGGCGGGAAAGGAAAGCGCAUAUUGCUCCUAGUGGAGGAGCCCUCGACGUCUUGAGGAAUCAAUUGGUGAGACCUGAUUCGGCAAGCCGUCUCUUGAAAGCGGAGCAAAGCGUCCAACGACCUGCUAAUUCGCGUGCCCCGGGCACUGCUCCUGUUGCCGGCUCCUUCUUGGCGGAAAUUUUGCAGCGGCCACAGCAGCCGCAGCCGCCCCUUCUUCCACCAGGUUUCAGCCAAAGUGGAAAUAGUCCGCUAGUUGAAAACCUGCUCCAACAAUUUCUGGCUCAAAGAGCAGCUACAACAUUGUUCUCUCCGCCAGCUCCAGCACUGCCCCCAACGGCUCCAGCACGGCCCCCAGCAGCUCCAGCAAGCAAUCCUGACGCAGUCAACCAAUUGAUGCACCUGUUGGGAUUGCAACAGAACCGGCACCAGAAUUAGGACUGCCCUUUAAUCCGUGGAAACAGAAUGGCUGUUCGCGACCGUGCUUCUCAGUGUCCGCGUCGAUGCGGAAGGCCACUUCGAGACGCACAUUGGUCCUUGAAUUUUUCAUUUUUUCAUAAAUCAAAUUUUAUU